ACUUGAAUUUUGGCCAGAUGUUGAUACACACGCUGUGUGAUGGACCACCUCGCUGUCCUUUCUGUGAAUGAAGCCACUUGGAGAAAUUCUGGGUAGCACAACAUCUUUUUCUUCCAGCAGACUGGAGUUUAUAGCUUGCUAAUAGCUUUAGUAUGUUGCCUUGGGUAUUUCCAUCCUGUCUUUAAAUAGAGCUCAGGGGAUUAGGCCUCUUGUGUAAAGGUAAAGCAGCUACCCACUUGUGAGGACACAAGACUCUUUCUCCAAAUACACUGAAGGAGUUUCAAUUAAUUGCUCACCUGGUAUUUAUGGGGUCAUGUGUUUUUAUUAGAAGUGUUAAAACAGGAGAAGGUGGCGACAUUUUUAAGCAACUGGAGACGUGUACCUGCAGGCAAAUGAGCUCUGAAUCUCAGUUGGCUCUUUGAGAUGAACUAGAUCAGGCGGAUCAGCAUUAUUCGGCAGACGCAGAGGGGAUUCUCCACCUUCUUUGAGGUCAAGCUCCGUGGCUCAUUUUGUGAAGUUUUUGAUGAACAGAAGCUUGAUUCUCAGCAAAGCGCAGACAAAACACACAGCAAUGGGAGUUCCUAACUCCAGGGAAUGCAACUACUAUCAUGCUCCAAAUGCACCCUUAAAGAUUUUGCUCAGAACACGCAAUGAGCCUCUCAAGAAAGACCGUCCUAAAUGGAAGAGCGAGUACCCAAUGACCGAGGGCCAGCUGAGGAGCAAGAGAGACGAGUUUUGGGAUACAGCUCCCGCCUUUGAUGGACGAAAAGAGAUCUGGGAUGCGUUGAGAGCAGCAGCCCUGGCUCUGGAGUGCAGUGACCUGGAGCUGGCCCAGGCUAUAGUGGAUGGAGCCUGCAUCACUCUGCCACACGGGUCUCUCACGGAGAGCUAUGACGAGCUGGGAAACCGCUACCAGCUCCCAGCGUACACCUUAGCGCCACCUGUCAACCUGAUCACCGAGACGUCUGGCGAGAGCAAACUGUCUGAAAGUGCACAGAAACAAGUUCAACCUCCACCGUCUAGAGAGGAGUUCCAGCUGCGGGUGCGAUUAUCAACAGGGAAGGAUGUGCAUCUGACGGCCAGCCUGGCGGACUCCAUCGCCGUGCUGAAGAAACAGUUGGAGAAACAGGAGGACAUCGAGGUGAUCCGCCAGCGGUGGUUCUUCUCUGGGAAGCUUCUGACAGACAAGACUCGCCUCCAAGAUGCCAAGAUCCAAAAGGACUAUGUCGUCCAAGUGAUCGUCAACAUAAAUCCUUCGGUCAUACCCAACUGAGGGACGGAGGUCAGAAAAGGACGUGCCAGACAAGGCUGCAGAAACAGGAGCAGGUUUCCAGCGGGGAAAUUUUAUGUACAUUUUAUAUAAUAAAUUAUUGCUUUUAUAUUGUUCCUUUUUCUAUUUUUCCCCUUUUUCCAAAUAAAGAGAUACUACUGAAAAGCACUGAAACACUUUAGGUGACAAUAGCGCCCUGAUAAGUACCUCCCAGUGUCUGUCUGUUUCUGAAGACCUCGACUUGCAGCUCUAUUGUUUACAUGGGUUCCUCUCCUCGUCUUGUUUGUUUGUACUUAUGCUUGUUGAUGAAUUAAAUGCAGCUCACCUAAGGAGAACAAGUAAGGAAAAUCUACUCUCUUUUUUUUUCUCUUAUGACAAAUAGAUGAGUAUUUCUAAUUGUAAACAUCAGAUUAUUUUCUUUUCCACUGUGUGAACAGCACAUUUUGACUGAAUAUAGACACUGAAUAUAAUGGAACCUUUUAUUAGGUAGAAAGAGAUGAACGUAUUUGUUUUUAGUUCAUCAUUUCAAACAACUGUACAAACAUGUAAUAGCUUUCUGUCUAAAAUUAUGCACACUGUAAUGUCAUUUAAUAAAUGUUAUAAAUUUAAACUCA